GAUAGAGACAUCCGUAGCAGCUUAGACUUGUCUAUCGUUACCAACAGCUAGACUGUUUGACUGACCAGCCCUGUCUGGUUAGCGUCAGUGUUCUGACCAGGGAAGUGCAACGAAGUAUAAUUUGAUGAGGACAGUGUUUUAGUAGUCUCCACCUGUUAUUUGCUACAUCGAGGGGCUAAGUUAGCUAACGUCAACGUUUACGGUUGCUAGCUCACGUUAGCUACCAUUAAUUGUGUUAGUCUCUGCCCCUGCUGCGUAUCAUAGCAAGCUUUACAGGUUGUCAACAUGAUGCAGUGAGUGAUGCACAGCGUGUUGAUAUUAAUAAUGGCCAUUUGGGGGGUGCAAGGAUGCUCCGAUUCAGAGAGCUGCCCGACGCAACCGCCCAAUUCCACCUCCAGGGACUUCUGUUACUCGGCCCGCAUUCGCAGUACAGUGCUCCAGGGCUUGCCUUUCGGUGGGGUUCCUACUGUCCUCGCCCUUGACUUUAUGUGCUUCUUGGGGCUGCUGGUUGUGUUCUCCUUCUUGAGAAAAGUAGCAUGGGACUAUGGGCGCCUGGCUCUGGUGACUGACGCUGACAGAAGAAUGGAUCAACGGUACAGUCGCCUGGAUGAUCGGGAAUAUGUGGCGUCUGCCAUGACUUCAGAGACACCGGAGCGCUAUGAGCGCCUCACCUCAGUUUCCAGCUCUGUGGACAUUGAUCAGAGAGACACAGGCUUCUGUUCCUGGCUAACUGCUAUCUUCCGCAUCAAGGAUGAAGAGAUAAGGGAGAAGUGUGGUGAGGAUGCAGUACAUUACUUGUCCUUCCAGCGCCACAUCAUUGGCCUGCUGGUAGUGGUGGGCGUACUCUCUGUGGGCAUCAUCUUACCUGUUAACUUCUCGGGAAACCUACUAGAAAACAAUGCCUAUAGUUUUGGGCGAACCACUAUAGCAAAUUUGGAUACGGAUAAUACACUACUGUGGCUGCACACCACCUUUGCAUUUCUCUACCUGUUACUGACAGUGUACAGCAUGAGACGGCACACCUCCAAGAUGCACUACAAGGAGGAUGAUCUAGUGAAACGCACUUUAUUUGUCAAUGGAAUUUCCAAAUACGCAGAGGAGUCUGAGAUAAAGCAACACUUUGAGCUUGCAUAUGAAAACUGUGUCGUACUGGAGGCUCGUAUCUGUUACAAUGUGGCCAGGCUGAUGUAUCUCAACUCUGAGAGGAAGAAGACAGAGCGCAGCAAGAAAUUCUUUGUUGACCUGCAGGCCAAGGAGCAUAUUCCCACCAUGAUCAAUCCAAAACCCUGUGGACACCUUUGCUGUUGCAUCAUCAAAGGCUGUGAGCAGGAAGAGGCUGUGAGCUACUAUACGAAGCUAGAGGCACAACUGAAAGAUGACUACAGGAAGGAGAGAGAAAAGGUUAACAGGAAGCCCUUAGGAAUGGCCUUUGUUACCUUCCAAAACGAGUCCAUCACCGCCAUAAUCUUGAAAGACUUUAAUGCUUGCAAGUGUCAGGGCUGUCAGUGUCGUAGGGAGCCGAAGAGCUCUCAAUUCAGCGCCAAGCUCCAUACACACAACUGGACUGUCAGCUACGCCCCUGAUCCACAGAACGUCUACUGGGAGCAUCUGUCAGUGGGAGGAUUCUCCUGGUGGAUCCGCUGCUUGAUCAUCAACAUUGUCCUCUUCCUCCUCCUCUUCUUCCUCACCACCCCGGCCAUCAUCAUCUCCACCAUGGAUAAGUUCAACGUCACCAAACCAGUGGAGUUCCUAAAUAAUCCAAUCAUCACCCAGUUCUUCCCCACCCUCCUCCUGUGGUCCUUCUCUGCCUUACUUCCUACCAUUGUGUACUACUCUGCCUUCUUCGAAGCCCACUGGACCCGGUCAGGAGAGAACAGGACCACAAUGCAUAAGUGUUACACUUUCUUGAUCUUCAUGGUCUUGUUGCUGCCCUCCCUCGGGCUCAGCAGUUUGGAUGUUUUCUUCCGCUGGCUUUUUGACAGACGAUUCUUGGCAGAUGCCAAAGUCAGAUUUGAGUGUGUGUUCCUUCCUGACAACGGAGCCUUCUUUGUGAACUACGUCAUUGCGUCUGCAUUCAUUGGUAAUGCCAUGGACCUGCUGAGGAUCCCUGGUCUACUUAUGUACAUGAUCCGCCUCUGCCUGGCUCGCUCUGCCGCAGAGAGGAGGAACGUCAAGAGGCACCAGGCCUAUGAGUUCCAGUUCGGGGCAGCUUACGCCUGGAUGAUGUGUGUCUUCACCGUGGUUAUGACCUACAGCAUCACCUGUCCAAUCAUUGUCCCUUUCGGGCUGAUGUACAUGUUGCUGAAACACCUUGCAGACAGAUACAACAUGUAUUAUGCAUAUCUGCCAUCCAAACUGGACAAGAAGAUCCAUUCUGGAGCCGUCAACCAAGUGGUGGCCGCUCCUAUUCUCUGUCUCUUUUGGCUCCUGUUCUUUUCCACUGUUCGCUCGGGAUUUUCAGCUGCAACGUCCAUGUUCACGUUCGUAGUUCUGAUCAUCACAAUCAUUAUCUGCCUCUCUCACGUCUGCUUCGGACAUUUUAAAUAUCUCAGCGCUCACAAUUACAAGAUUGACACCCAGGACGUAGAUGGGGUGGAGAAUGGACGUCCAGUGUGUACUUCCGCCUCCAACAAGGCAGCACAAAUGUACAUUGCUCAGGUACUUCAAGACCCAAAUUCAGAGGAGGCCGGCUCAGGUAGUGGUGAGGACGACGGCCAGGGAUCCUCGCAGGACGAGGAAAUAAUCAAUGUUGAAAAUGGCCUGAAUGAGGACUUCCAGUCUGGUGAGGACAGCCUCAUUGAUAACGAAGUGCGGCACUGAUGCUGCCUGGAACAGAAAGAAAAUACCCUAAGUUUAACUUAGGAGUAGGAGGAGUGCACUGAAUAUGUGAAUUAAACCAGGAACUGAACCAACAGUUCUCCAAAGCAUCUCAACCUCCAUGGAGGGACUGUACACUAACAUAAGCACACUGUCUACUAAGGAUUAAAUGGAUUGUUGCUCAAGGACCCUUCACUGGGUCUCACCAAACAACGUCUUCUGUCUGUGUACCUGCAGAGGAAACCUACUCUGACAAUGCAAGGGCAGCAACAUCCUUCUGCCCAAAUAUAGCCGAGGCACACCCGAAACACUGCACAUGGACCCUUGAAAGAAAGACACUAAUGCACAAAUGAAGAAUAUUUUGCCUUGUCUUGUUAGGGGAGUGAUAUCCUGCCUGUAUUUCCUUAACAUUAUUGCACUUGAAAGAGAGGACAUGUCCUAUAAGCUCGAGUUUCACUAAGGUACUGUUAUACAGCAUGCCUUCAUGUUCAAAGGGUGGAGGGAGUUUCCUGUAAUGCUUUGCCAGUAUCUCUAAUCGUCUACUACUGUAGAUACCUCCCUGAAUAAGCAGCUGGUGUGAGAGGAGAACAAGAGUUUUCCCCACCUCCAGAUAGCUUGUCUGUGCAGAUGUAAUGCUCUCUAAAUGGUUCUUCCAAUUCCAUAAAAACCUUUAAAAAAAAGAAAAAAAAAGAAAAGAAAAACAAAAAAAAUCAUUGCUACUAACAGUCCUGGACACUUUGACACUGUACAGCUACAAAACUCUGGAUUUGUUUUUUGUUUUUGUUUUUUUUAAGCCGUUUUGACAUGGUAUUUAUUUGUAGGCACUGAAUUUUAAUGCUAUCAAGCUUGAUACACCCCUAAACUGUGGAAGAAGGUAAUUCGUAUCUUGGCACACUACAUUGAUAAAGACCUUUUUGGCGUCCGGUCUCUGAGCCUGUGUUGGGAGUUGCUGUUGGACUGCUGCUACUGAUGCUGCCCCCAGUAGGGGGAAAUCUUUGCACAGCUGCUGCAGGAGGACUGGAGGCCAGGAGCCUGCUGAUCCUUUUGUGUUACUCAGAGGAUGGAGAGAAAGGCCUUUUGGGCUGUUUCUAGGUCAGUUUCAGAUGAUACUCAUUGUGACUGGUUCUCUUAAUCUGUCGUUUUCAGGUGUAUCUUUUUGUCCACGUGUUUACGUCUUUAGACACUUUGAAAUUAGCAUUCAGUUCAGUUGGCUACUGAUAGUUCCACGAAUGAACUAGUCUACAGUGUAUGUUAUCAGUCGGCCCUCUGUCAAGUCCUUUUCAGUGUAAACUUUUUUGUAGACACUUCAUCUUGUAGGUAGCAUAUUUUAAGUUCCAGUGGUCACUGAGCAUUGUUUUCCCAUUUGCCAGGACUCUGUGCAGAGUUGUAGAUUGAUUUGCUCCAAUUGCACAGUGUUGGUGAUAACAUAUCUUAGGCUAGGCCACUCAAGAGACUUACAGCAGCGUAUAGGGCCCAGACCCAUUUAUAGUCAUUUUCAAACCUGAACUUUAUGCAAUUGAAUGCUACCAUGCCCCCUUCCCCCAUUGAAAACAAAAUGUAAGAUAUGUUCAUUAUGUUGCGUCUUCAGAUGUUAUGAAGUAAUAAGUAUCACCCCACAACUGAACCGUUUGCAAAUCCAGUUACUAGCUUUGUGAGGCCUCUGCCAGAGCAAUAGAAAUGUACUACAACUCCACGCAGAUCAAAUGCUAAUCACAUAUGUGAUCUGCCUCAGCCAUAUUAAGCAGCUUCUAAUCAGGUGUCAUGAAGACAAAAAUACACACACACACACACACCAAGUAACAAAUGAUAAUGUGAAAUGCAGUGCCCACCAGUUAUGACUUAACUCAGGACUCAUCAAGCUUCUUGUUUCUGUCAUUUCAUUUCAUCCUUAGUCAAGACAACACUAUGAGCUGCCCAAUUAAACAUAAAGAAGAUUGUUGGUAAAGCAAAGCAAAGUGCUGCAGACACGGUACCACUGCAGUCUGCCACUAUGGACCAGUUACUAUUGGACCAUAAUAUUGAAACCUGUAUUGUCCAGCUGCUCAGAGAACCACUGUGGGAAAAGUGCACUAAUCUUACUUUCACUUGUAUGAUUGACAGAGAAGGGCACGCCUUUUGUGGGUGUGACAAACCUUAAUUUGUUGGUGGGUAUAUUAGCACCACAUGGGUAUAUUAUUAUGGUACUAACAAGAGAAUUGUUUGACGCCAUUGAGUGUGGUGCUCUUCCAGUCAUGAUAAGGUGAUUUUAUAUUUUAUACCUCUUCAUUUUUAUACCUCCGAGAUGUCUUGAAAUCUCUGAAUGUGUCCUGUCAAAAUAACAUAUACUGUCCAGCUUUGAGGGAGAUGCUUAAAAAUAUCAUCUUGUCUAACAAUUUCCUGUACUUAAACGCUGAAUGUAGGUUAAUUCCACAACUUUUGGUCAAAUGAAAGUGGCUUAAAGCAACAGCGUGAUGGCUGUAUUUAAACCGCUUCAAAAGGACGGUUCACUAGCUAACCAGAAAUUGUAUGUUUUGUACUAUGACAAAACUUACCGGUGUCCAGUCACAUCUCAUGGCAUUUCAUUUGAGUACACAUGUGCAUUUGUCAGUCUGAUGGUUGCAAUGAUUUCCAGUAGUCUUUUGCUAAUUCCAAGUCAACGAGCCUCAAGAUGAGUAAUUUUUUCCAAAUUAUCUUCAUAAUGUCUGUAAAGACAGCAGGGCUCACUGGGAAUAAAUGGAUUGUUUUUUGUAAACAGCCAAGCUCUCUCUAACAGAAGUUCUCAGCUUGUUUCUUCGAUGUUUUCAGAAAGCGUAGAAAAACGUGUCUGCGUCUCAAAACUGUGCACAAUUAGAAUGUGUUUUUGUGUGCUUUGACUUUUUUUAGUUUUACAUUUUUCUAGAUAUGAAGAGUAACAGUAGCCGAUUUCAGCAUUCGAUGUCUCAUUUUAUUAUUCUUUCCAAAGGGCCGUCUGUACAUCAGAUAUAUACUGUAUGUAUCUGUCCUUUCCCCCAGCUCUUUGAACAAUAAAUCUGUAUUU